GCAUGUACCCAUGUACUUCCGCGCUAAGACAAUCUAAUAAACAAGCUACAUUCGUACUAAAUUUGGUACUUAUCUUCACCGCCUUUGCCUAGCUAAUUUUUUUCCAGGCCAUCAGUACGGCAGAAUUUCUUCUAUUUUCCAACCAUUCAAAUAGGCGGGUACUUUGACCUUUUACGCAGUUACACCCCCAAUCUAACCCACGAUGUCGACUCCGAGGCCAGAGUUCCUCAAAUUUACAGGCCAUAAAUCAUUUACACAACGCCUAGUACUUGCGACAUUAACAGGUAGACCUAUACAUAUCUCCAAAAUCCGUCCAAAUUCCCCCACCAAUCCCGGUCUCGCCCCACAUGAAGUCUCAUUCCUCCGUCUCAUCGAAGCCGUCACCAAUGGCAGCUCGAUGCAAAUAUCCUACACCGGUACAACGAUAACAUAUCAACCCGGUUUAAUAACAGGAGCUAUACCGGGCUUUGGCGCCUCAGAUGGCGAUAUCCUCGAACACUCUCUCCCCGCAACCUGCACACGAGGCGUCACCUACUUCCUCCUCCCUCUCUGUCUCCUCGCCCCAUUUUCAAAAUCACACAUGAACGUCCGGUUCACAGGGCCAGGCGUCAUAACAUCAGCUACCGAGACAGGCGAUCUCUCAGUUGAUUCCUUCCGAACCGCUAUCCUCCCACUAUACAACCUCUUCGGUAUCCCCGCGGCGCGGAUCGAGCUGCGAGUAAUCCAAAGAUCAUGCGCCGGGCCACAUGGUAGCGGAGGCGCGGGUGUUGUUGAACUCAGAUUCGCUAGUCAAGUCCGGUUACCCAAGACAUUACAUUUAAACAGAAGUCCGGGUAGGAUAAAAAGGAUACGUGGUGUUGCGUAUGCGACAGGUGUCUCGGCGUCGAAUAAUGCUCGUAUGAUACAUUCUGCACGUGAGGUACUGAAUCCUCUUGUGUCGGACAUACACAUUGCAGCGCAGUACGACCAAGCUCCCUUAGUUCCCGACGCAGCAGAAAAGUCCGGAAGUAAGAAAAGAAUGGGGAUCGGAUUUGGACUGAGUUUAGUCGCGGAAUCAAGUGCUGUGGGCGUGCUAUAUUCGGCGGACGUCGUGGUGCCACCUAAAGGAGGCAUAAUACCCGAAGAUAUCGGAAAGAGAUGCGCAUAUCAACUCCUAGAGACCAUAAAUCAAGGGGGUUGUAUCAGUGGAGCGGCAACAGGAACUGUUCUAACACUGAUGGCCAUGGGAUCGGAAGAUGUUGGGCGCUUACGCCUUGGAAAGGAUGUUAUGGGCACAGAACAAGUGAUAGGGCUUGCACGGGAUCUUAGAAAGUUCGGGGCUAGUAGUUGGGGUUUGCGAGAUGUAGAAGACGACGACACAGCUGACAUUAUAAUCUCGGUAAAGGGAACAGGAGUCGGCAAUGUGGGAAGGAAGAUUGCGUAGUAAUUAUUAUAUCCAUUAAAUCU